AAAAAAUCUCUAACCUUUCUUUUGUAAAUGACAGAGUAAACUUUAUUAAAAUAUGUAUUUGGGUUUGAUUGGCAUAAACUCUCGUUUCAUUCCACAAGUUGUUGUAUGUAUUUUGUAUGACACCCGGUCGAGAAAUCUGCAUUUCAAUUCUUGGCACGGCCCCAUUUUCCAUGAGUUGAACGAAGUUCAGUUGAAACUAUUCACUCAGUUGAGCCGUCGGACAAUGCCGGUUACCUGUAAGCUCCGCCCACAAUUUUUCUCACCUUGCCCACCACUGAAAUUCAUUCGUGGCGGUGACACGCAGGACUCAGGAAAUUAGCAUAGCCUAAUUUGAUUGGCCGAGAGCGUUUCUGUUUGUUCGCCUCACAAUCAAUAACCAUGUGUUCACUAAAGCAUAUUAGGCAAAGAAAAAGAGGUGCUUGACUAUUGGAGACGUUCUUUUGAAACGCAGAGAAAAGCUGUGGAGAUUUAUCAAUUCUAUCUUCUUCUGUUAGACCCGGGUCAUAUUCAUAGGCAUUGGACUUCAACAAUACCGGGAGUUAUAAAGAAGUUUGUGAGGCAGUAUUGGAAGCUCCUGUUUAUUUACUCGACAAACGUGACUUGUAUUACCCGACAAACUCUAUCGUGUGUUGUGUGUUUGUGACCCACGGAAUAUGGAACAGGACAUGUCGAAAGCUCAGUUACAACAGACUUUGGCGGGGGUACCGGUAUCAAACCCGGGGAUGGGGCAACCUCAUCAGGCCCACCAGGGUCACCCCCAGAACCACCAGGUACACCAACCCCACCCCCACCAACCUCACUCGCCACCCGAGCAAACGAACAUUUCAAACGGACAGAGUGGGGGCCUUACGGCUCAACAGAAGAAAGACUUGGAUAGGGUAAAACGCCCUAUGAACGCUUUUAUGGUGUGGUCAAGGGGUCAAAGAAGGAAAAUGGCACAGGAAAACCCCAAAAUGCACAACUCUGAAAUCAGUAAGAGGCUCGGGGCAGAAUGGAAACUUCUGACCGAAACUGAAAAACGUCCGUUUAUUGAUGAAGCUAAGAGACUCCGUGCUAUUCAUAUGAAGGAACAUCCCGAUUAUAAGUACAGGCCACGCAGGAAGACAAAAACUCUUAUGAAAAAGGACAAAUACGCACUACCCGGUAUGCCGACCGGUGCCCCUCUUCAGCCCGGGCGUGAGGGAGCGGGUAUGUAUCCUAUGAACGGGUACAUGCCGAACGGUUACAUGAUGCACGAUCCUAAUGCCUAUCACAUGGCUAACCAAAUGGGACUCGCUGGACAAUAUGGUUAUCCUAAUAUGGCUACACAACCGAUGCCUUCAAACCAAAUGACCACAGGAUCAUACAUGAACGGAACACAGAGUUACACCAUGUCCAUGGCGUACGGCGGCAUGGCACCCUCCCAAGUCCCCCAAUCGUCGAUCAAACGAGAACCACAGACCGGAGGGCCGGGACAGCCCGUCCCCACGGGAGGAAGGAACCCAGGCGACCUACGAGAAAUGAUCAGAGGUGAUCAAGUACCGGUACACUACGAAAACCCCUGGAGGGACUGAGAAAAUGGUGGCACGAUUCUAGUGUGGGAAAAGUUUCAAAAAAGUUUAAUAAGUUGCUCAUCCUUGAAAGCGGAGACUGAAGAACAAAUGUGGUGCUCGCGUGUGUGAAAGUUCGUCUGUACUUUUUCCUGGGACAUAUAUUUGAGGAAACGUUUUACCAGGCAGGAAAUCCAAUAUACAAUUGUGCUAUUUUACGUUUUAUGUUAAAUAUUGAAAAGUACAGUAGCAUUUGUUUAUAAAUUCAAUUUAUUGUUUAUAACGAGAGUUUUUGCAAACUUAUUUGUGGCAUAAUAUGUUGUAUGAAUGUAUAUCUGUUGUAAGAAUGGCGUAAAAGGGAAUUCGUGAGCAAAAAAAAUCAUCAUUCAAACAUUUCUGUUUGCUCAUUUUGUAUUUAGAAAACGAAACUAUUUUUGUAAUUAUACUUUCUAAAUUUUGUACAAAUAAUUGUGUGAGAAGCGUUGUUAGCAUUCUACAUAGUACAGUUUUUGUUUUUUUCCUAAAAAGAUAAUGUUAAACCAAAGGUAUUUUUAUUAUAUUUAAUUUUAUACAAUUAUAAAUUGCAGUAAGAAAGUAAUUUUGGUAUAAACUGCUGAUUUUCUUUACUAGUAGAAAAUUAUUUGGUAACCAAAAAAAUAAUUAUAUGUAUUUCGAAGUUUGAAUGUUUAAAAGUGGCUCAGUAUUUUCUAUGCGAGAAAUACUUAAAUUAUUAUAACUAUUUCCUUCAAAAAAUAUAGAAAAUUUUAUUAAUAGAUUUGCAUUUUUUAUUUUCAAGCUUUCUAUAAUUAUGCUAAUUUGUAAAUAUUUAUAGAAGAAAUGGCUGUUUAUGGAAUGAACAGUUUACGCCAUGGCGUACAAACAAAUAGAAUAAAUUAAAAAAAAAUCUGAACAAAAUUUA